GCUUAGGCGUUUCCGGUGACGUCACCGACCGAGUGACUGGCUUCCCUUAAAUAGUCAGUAGUAAGUCUGGGCGGCGGGUGGUUCUCUUUGUUUUCUCCCUGGGAUUAAGAGCGGACAUCGUCUUUCGGGGACCCGCGACGACACAAUAACAGACCGUCCGACAUGAAGCCACUACUUAUACCUUUGCUACUUUCCUCCGUGGGAAUCGCCCUGUGCCAAUUGGCGGAGAACUUGAGCGGCAAUCCCUGCGUCAGUCGAGACACCUGCGGAAAGUGCAUCACAGCCGAUCCCGAGUGCGCCUGGUGUUCAGAAGAGAAUAUCGCUAUCGAUGGUGAAAAACGGUGCGACUACAGAGGAAAUUUAUACAGAAUAUGCAAUAUUUCUCAUGUAGUAGUUCCUGGUCAGAUAGUUGAUAAAUUAAAGGAUGAUGAAUUAAGCAAUAAGGGUGUUGCAGAAGGAAAAGCUAUCCAAAUAAAACCUCAAGAAAUUAGGUUAAGAUUAAGACCAAAAUCAAAACAAACUUUGAAAGUAGAAUUUCGACAGGCGGAAGAUUACCCAGUGGAUCUGUAUUAUCUUAUGGAUUUGUCGAAGUCGAUGGAAGACGAUAAAACUAAAUUAGCACAAUUGGGAGAUCUUUUAUCCGACCAGAUGGGAAAAAUAACAGCUAACUUUCGGCUAGGUUUCGGUUCCUUUGUCGAUAAAGUAGUAAUGCCUUACGUUAGCACAGUUCCGGAAAAAUUAAAAGAACCAUGUACAAACUGUGCUGCACCUUAUGGUUUCCAUAAUCACAUGCCUCUUACUCUAAAUACUUCAGCCUUUGCAAAAGAAGUCAACAGUACCAAAGUCUCGGGCAAUUUAGAUGCUCCAGAAGGUGGUUUUGAUGCCAUUAUGCAAGCUAUAGUUUGUGAAAAAGAAAUUGGCUGGCGUAAAAAAUCCAGAAAAAUGCUUGUAUUUUCUUCAGACAGUGGUUUUCAUUAUGCCGGUGAUGGUAAGCUUGGUGGCAUUGUCAAACCCAAUGAUGGCAGAUGUCAUUUGGAUAAAAAUGGAUAUUAUACUGAAAGCGUACACCAAGAUUAUCCAUCCCUUAGCCAGAUUAAUCAUAAAAUAAUGGAACACAAAGUGAAUAUAAUUUUUGCUGUGACAGCCAAUCAGGUACCUGUGUAUUCCCGUCUCAGUGAGCAGCUUGAAGGUAGUAGCACUGGAAAAUUAGAAAAUGAUUCUUCUAAUGUAGUCACUUUAGUAAAAGAACAAUACAAUAAAAUAACAUCUGGAGUAGAAAUGAAGGACAAUGCUACUGGCAAUGUGAAAAUUACUUACCAUUCCAAAUGUCUUGGUACAAAGAGAGAGAAGACAAAUUCGUGUACAGGAUUAAAAGUUGGCACAAGUGUAACGUUUGAAGCGGAGAUCGAAGUCACUUCUUGUCCAAAAAAUAGACGUGACUGGAAUCAGACGUUUAGGAUUUCUCCAGUGGGAUUAAACGAAGCACUCAUAGUACAUCUUGAGAUGAUAUGUGAAUGUGAUUGUGAAAAGCCAGAAAAUGAGGAAACGUUCAGCAGCAAGUGUAGCGACGGCAACGGAACGUUCGAGUGCGGAAUCUGCAGCUGUUACAGCAAUAGAUUCGGAAGACAGUGCGAAUGCGAUGCCAAAGACAUCAAUCAGUCCAAAAACGACAGCGCCUGCAGAUAUAUGAACGAAGAUCGAUUGUGUUCGGGACGAGGAAUCUGCCAGUGCGGAAUCUGCGAGUGUUUCCCGAGAUCGAAUUACGAAAAGGUGGAAGGGAAAUUCUGCGAAUGCGACAACUUCACUUGCGAUAGAAGCGACGGAAAGAUCUGCAACGGUCCCGAUCACGGUAUCUGCGAAUGCGGAAAGUGCAAAUGCCUGGGCAAUUGGACGGGAAGCGCCUGCGACUGUCUGGAUGACAACGAAACGUGUAUAGCUCCCAACGGGAAAUUGUGUAGCGGAAACGGCGAGUGCGUGUGCGGAGCCUGCAAGUGUUUCAAAGAAGAGGAGGAACACUACAGCGGCCAGUUUUGCGAAGAAUGUCCGACCUGUCGAGGAAAGUGCGACCUUUUCAAAGAAUGCGUCCAGUGCAAGUUCUUCAAUUCGGGACCUCUGACUGAAGAAGAGUGCCUCAACUGCAGCAUCACUCCGGUGGCGGUGGAGAAAAUCGAAGUGAAAGAAGGGGACAAGUUGUGUGCCUUCAGAGAUGACGACGACUGCAAGUUCUUCUUCACCUACAGGAUCGAUUCGGACGGUUACGUCAAAAUCCACGUGCAGAGAACUAAAGAUUGUCCGGAACCUGUCAACAUCCUGGCCAUCGUUCUGGGAGUGAUCGGAGGAAUCGUGGCCGUGGGUCUGGCCCUGCUGCUGAUCUGGAAGUUGCUGACCACCAUCCACGACAGGAGGGAGUUCGCCAAGUUCGAGAAGGAGAGGCAAAUGGCCAAGUGGGACACGGGAGAGAAUCCGAUCUACAAACAGGCCACCUCCACCUUCAAGAAUCCCACUUACGGAGGCAAGCAGUGAGCCCCAACCGUCAGGCGUCUAGUUUAGAACCACUCUAACCCUUUUCUUUUGGCUAAUUUGCGUCUGUUCUAACCGGGUUUCGGUCGGUCCCCGUCUAAAGAUCUGAUAAUCCUCGUUUUUAACCUUUUCGUUUUAAUUUAUGUCACGCGUGGGUCGACGGGUCGACCGGAGGGCCCGGUCGGCCUCCUUUUCCUACUUUUUAAUCGCGGUUCGUCUUCCGUUUCCGGCUCCGGGGGCGGGCCGCUUCCGUCCGCCGCGGCCCCCUCCGUCUUCCUCGGUCGUCGUGUGGGGCGACGGCUCCCCGACGGCCUCGGCGCCCGGCAAGCGGGGAGCGGGAGAAAUUUCCCGUCCGCCGCCGCCUCUGGCGCGACGCGUGGCGGACGGCGCGUCGCCUUUUGUACAGGAAGAACGGCGGUCCCAAGGGCCGACUUUUGUAGAACCGGAAAUCGUCUUCCGCUUUUGUUAUUGUCCGAAGCCAAAUCGUUUGUUUAAUAAAAUUAUUUAAUACCGAA